CUUCGCCAUUGGUUGUGCGGACCAGAGGGGCGGGGGGAAGACCCACGGUCCCGCUGAUUCCGCCGCCCGGGGCUCACACCAGCUGCGCCGGCUACCCGCCAGUGCGCUCCGGCCCCGCGCCGCACGCUGAGCCCGACAUUCCCACGGACGGCUUCGCGGGCGCGGAUCGCCGAGACAGGGGCGUCUACGAGGAGCUCAGCGCGGCCCAAACCCCACCCGGGGUGCCGAAGCGCGGCCGGGGAGGUCGGCGCAUCCGGACCCGCAGGCAGAGUGCUCUGAAGAGCUUGACACGGGUUCAUGGUUCUCAUUAAAGAAGCUUCAUGUAAGGCUUCCUGGAGAGAAGAAACGUAAUGAACAUAGAGCAUUUGGAGACAUAGGGAUAUAGAUGUGAAUUCCAGUCCUGCCUCUAAGUGGCUGGAUGACAUUGGAUGCCAAUGGACACCUGAUCCCCUGCUGCCUUUGAAAACCAAGAAGUUUUGUUGUGCUGAUUUAACUGCCUACAAUCUUUGCUGAUGCUAUCAUAAAAAAAAAAAAAAAAAUGCUGGUUCUGUCCUUUUUAACCCCUGUGUGAAACUGACUUUUAACAUCCUUGUGCGUUCUUUGACCCUCCAUAAAGAUGUCUGAACCUGACUCUUCAUCUGUAUUUUCGGGUAAUGUGGAGAAUGGAACUUUCCUUGAGCUAUUUCCCACAUCCCUGUCCACAUCGGUGGACCCUUCCUCAGGCCACCUGUCAAAUGUCUACAUCUAUGUGUCCAUAUUCCUCAGCCUUUUAGCAUUUCUGCUUCUGCUUUUAAUAAUUGCCCUCCAGAGGCUCAAAAAUAUCAUCUCCUCCAGUUCCUCCUACCCGGAGUAUCCAAGCGAUGCUGGAAGUUCUUUCACCAAUUUGGAAGUCUGUAGUAUUUCCUCUCAAAGGUCCACUUUCUCAAACCUUUCCUCAUGAAGAAGACGGAAGAAUUCCUGAAUGCUGCAGCAGCCUAGGUUUUCCCUUGCAGGAAGUGUCACAUGAACCAGUUGCUUCAUGAAAGAAAUAACCCCUUUCUUUUGCAACCAAUUAGACCUGUUUCUCCUCCUUCACCCCUC